CUCAAUUCUGUUCAGUCGUCAAUUGCCACUCGAUCAUUGAAUAUGCAGAUGAUAUUCGCGUUGAUCGUUGUGCAUAUUCUGAGGGGUGUCCUUGCUCAGGAUGAAUUGUCCCUUGCAUUUCCGGACGGAUUUUCUAUCGGCGCUGGUACAUCUGCUUAUCAAAUCGAAGGUGCAUGGAACGUAAGUGAUAAGGCCGAGAAUGUAUGGGAUUACCUUCUGCACAAGUGUCCAUCAUUAAGCAACAACAAUGACACCGGAGAUAUAGCCUGUGACUCUUAUCACAAGUACAAAGAAGACGUACAAAUAGCAAAGAACAUGGGUCUGCACCAUUAUCGGUUCUCCAUAAGUUGGUCCCGAGUUUUGCCAACUGGAACUCCAGAUAUAAUCAGCAAGGAUGGAAUCCAGUAUUACAAAAAUCUCAUAGACGAAUUACUGAAAAAUGGUAUCGAACCCUUCGUCACGCUGCAUCACUUUGACGAUCUCCAACUGCUAGUAAAUAAAACAGGAGGUUGGGCUAACGAAUCGAUGGUGGAAUAUUUCGCUGAAUAUUCAAGAGUUAUGUUCAGAGAGCUUGGACCCAAAGUUAAAUUCUGGAGUACAUUCAACGAAGUCAACAUCUUCUGCAAAUGGUUUGCAUAUCUAAAUGAAACUACACCAGACACAGCGUACAGAGCAAGCUAUCUUUGCGCUCAUAAUGUAUUAAAAGCACAUGCCAGGGCCUAUCACAUUUAUGAUGAGGAAUUCCGAUCGAUUCAGCAUGGCCAAAUUGGUCUAAUCAUCAGUAGUGCAUAUUACAUACCGAAAACAGCAGGUGACACUGAAAGUACCGAUAUCGCUUUUGACUUCAAUACUGCAUGGGUAAUGAAUCCCGUUUACUCCAAAAAGGGCGGAUAUCCUGAAGUAAUGAAACAAAGAAUUGCGGAGAAUAGUAGAGCCGAGGGACUAGUCUCUUCUAGAUUACCAGAAUUCUCGGAUAAAUGGAUUAAUUACAUACAAGGAACUGCGGACUAUCUGGGGCUGAAUCAUUACAUAACAACACUCGUCGAACCUGUAAAGAAGAGUAAUGGCAGAUGGUAUGAUGAUGCAGGCGUAAUUUUCAGUAAUGAUCCUAGUUGGAAACUGACAGCGAUAGGAUGGGGAGUUGUUCCUGAGAGCAUGAGCGCACUUCUCAGAAAGAUAUCGAAGGAUUAUAAUAACCCACCAGUUUAUAUCCUGGAGAACGGAGCGAGUGAAAUAGCUGAUUUUAUGGAUAUCGAUAGAAUUGCUUAUUUAUAUUCCUACAUGAAGGAGGUGUUGAUGGCCAAACGUGAUGGGUGUGAUGUGAGGGCGUAUACUGUUUGGAGUUUCUUGGAUAAUUACGAGUGGUUCAAUGGAUAUGCGCAAACGUUCGGGCUUAUUCAUGUAGAUUUCAAGGACCCAAACCGGAAGAGAACCCCCAAACUCUCGAGUCACUGGUUGAAGAUCAUCCUGAGUGAAGGGAAAUUACUACCAUACAAGGAGAAUCUCCUAGAAGACUAUGGAAAUGAACUAGAAAAAACUAUUGAAGCCCUCGAUUAAUCGCGAAGAGAUUGAUUGUGUAAUUAUUUCUAUCCGGAAUUAGGAAAUGAGUAGAAAAUGAUUUCAGAAAAACUUGAGGCAAUUCCACAAGUACUUUCUACUCACUCCCACAAAAUAGUAAAGUGUCUCAAUAGAGUCAAUAUAUAAUUUUAAAACGUAAAA